GGUCUCUCACUCCUGGACUGAGACCAUCAGUUUGAGAUAUCUUUUAAUGUCUGGAUGGUUUUAUCCUGUUACUGCGAUGGCGACAAAGAAGCAGGUCGGAUGGCGAAAGCUAUUUCUGAUUCUCACAGUGCUGCCCUGCUGCAGGAGCUUAGAGGUUUCUAUUCCUGAGCCUGAAUACAUGGUUGCAAGAGGAGGCGACGUUGCCUUGACCUGCUCCUUCAUCCCAGCCCGAACCGACUUCAACACAAUUGUCCUCCGUUGGGAUGUCGACCCCGAGGAAAUCAACGCUCCAAUGGAAUCGGUGGCCACCUACUUUGUGAAUAAUCCUAUUGACAUUGCACCUGCCUUUGAAGGCCGAGCCACUCUGGAGGUCGACCUUCAAAACCGUGUGAGCACACUCACCCUGAAAAAGGUGACGAUACGGGACAGCCGUCGUUUCCAGUGCAACGUCUUGAUCCCCAAUGAUGACGAAGGAAACACUGCUGCCUCCACUUCCCUUUUGGUCCUGGUGCCGCCCUCUCCGCCGGUCUGCAGCAUAAAUGGGAGAGCAGAGUACUGGAACGACAUCUCCCUCACCUGCUCGUCUGAGGAGGGAUCCCCUCAGCCUGUCUAUGAAUGGAAGAGCUUCGAUGUCAGAAACGCUCCCAGAGCAUUUCCACCUAAGACAACUGAAAAGGACGGAGUUCUAUCGCUUUUCAAUAUUUCAAGAGAGACGUCAGGGAUCUUCACGUGCACAUCGACAAAUCGAGUCGGUACUGCCAGCUGCAACUUUACCUUAGCAGUGACGCCUGGCGGUAUGAGUGAGGGCUCCGUUGCAGGUAUAGCUGUAGGAGUCCUCGCUGGUUUCCUGGUUCUGGGGAUCGUCGUCUUCUGUUGCUGGCGCAAAAAGGGCAAAAAGGACAAGUAUGCUGAGGGUGCCCCUGCAGGAGUGGAGUUCUAUGACAGAGAUGCUCCUGAGGCUGAAGAGCGGUACUUGGACAACGAGACGAGCAGUGAGACAAAGCAGCACAAACAGCACGAAGAGAAAGAAGCUGCUCUACGAAGCACUUACACUGCAGCAGUUGGACACACGUUUGACGAUGAUCAAAACAGUCACAGUGGCAAGGGCAGUGACAUCGACUCUAAACGUUACCGGGACGACAAGCCUAAUCACUAUCGUGGGAGUCGCGAGCACCUCGACGAUAAACCUAGCUAUCAUAGUGGAAGCCGUGACCGACUCGACGAACAACCCGAUCUUUCCCGUGGCAGCCGUGACCGACUCGACGAACAACCCGAUCUUUCCCGUGGCAGCCGUGAUCGACUUGAUGAGCCUCGUGAUCGUUAUGGCGGCAGCCGAGACCGACUCGACGAUCAACGCGAUCGUUCCCGUGGCAGCCGAGAUCGACUCGAUGAGCCUCGUGAUCGUUAUGGCGGCAGCCGAGAUCGACUUGACGAUCCACGUGAUAAUUACCGUGGCAGCCGAGAUCGACUUGACGACCAACGUGAUAACUGCCGUGGCAGCCGAGAUCAUCUCGAUGAGCCUCGUGGUCGUAAUAGGCUUGAAAUAUAG